ACAAUCAGUGUCCAGUUGUGCAUGAAAAAGAAAUAUACAAUUAAUAAUACAUAUGUUACUUCUGAAACAUGAUUUGUCUUAAUAUAGGGUAUAUGUAAUUUUUUUUUUUUUUUUUUUUUUUUUUACAAACAACUUUUAAUAAACAACUUUUGCUUUAAAGUACAUCUAUUUAACUGUAGUCUGUUAUUUGAUAUAAAGUUAAUAUAUUUUAACAUACUAAAUUGCAACUUCAUCAUUACAAAUGAGUUAUUACAAAUAUAUUUAAAUACAUGACAUUCAAGUUUCAAUAGAAAUGAGUUAGUAUAUUUUAUUUUUAAGUAUAUUUUAGUUUACUAUAAAUGCUUAUCAGUACAUUUACAUCACAUAUAAACAGUUCAUUCUCGUGUUACGCAGCACGUUUGAGCUUCUGCAAGAACCAAUGAGGUUCAUUCUCAUGUUACACAGCACGUUUGAGCUUCUGCAAGAACCAAUGAGGUUCAUUCUCAUGUUACACAGCACGUUUGAGCUUCUGCAAGAACCAAUGAGGUUCAUUCUCGUGUGUUAUGCAGCACGCUUGAACUUCAGCAAGAACAAUGAGGUUCAUUCUUGUGUUACGCAGCACGCUUGAGCUUCUGCAAGAACCAAUGAGGUUCAUUCUCGUGUUACGCAGCACGUUUGAGCUUCUGCAAGAACCAAUGAGGUUCAUUCUCGUGAGUUAUGCAGCACGCUUGAACUUCAGCAAGAACAAUGAGGUUCAUUCUCGUGUUACGCAGCACGUUUGAGUUUCCUCAAGAACCAAUGAGGUUUAUUUUCGUGUUACGCACCACGUUUGAGCUUCAGCAAGAAACAAUGAGGUUCAUUCUUGUGUUACGCAGCACGUUUGAGCUUCUGCAAGAACCAAUGAGGUUCAUUCUCGUGUUACGCAGCACAUUUGAGCUUCCUCAAGAACCAAUGAGGUUUAUUUUCGUGUUACGCACCACGUUUGAGCUUCAGCAAGAAACAAUGAGGUUCAUUCUUGUGUUACGCAGCACAUUUGAGCUUCUGCAAGAACCAAUGAGGUUUGUUCUUGUGCAUCAAGCUGGUUCGGUUGAGCUUCUGUUUUUGUUUGCUGAUCAGUGUUUAUAUGUGAAUAAAAGUCUAAAUUCAAUCUGUUCAUCAUAUAAAGUGAUCAAGUCUCUAAUUCUCGUGUUACGCAGCACGCUUGAGCUUCAGCAAGAACAAUGAGGUUCAUUCUCAUGUUACGCAGCACGUUUGAGCCUCUGCAAGAACCAAUGAGGUUCAUUCUCGUGUUACGCACCACGUUUGAGCUUCCUCAAGAACCAAUGAGGUUCAUUCUCGUGUUACGCAGCACGCUUGAGCUUCUGCAAGAACCAAUUAGGUUCAUUCUCGUGUUACGCAGCAUGUUUGAGCUUCUGCAAGAACCAAUGAGGUUCAUUCUCGUGUUACGCAGCACGUUUGAGCUUCUGCAAGAACCAAUGAGGUUCAUUCUCGUGAGUUAUGCAGCACGCUUGAACUUCAGCAAGAACAAUGAGGUUCAUUCUCGUGUUACGCAGCACGUUUGAGUUUCCUCAAGAACCAAUGAGGUUUAUUUUCGUGUUACGCACCACGUUUGAGCUUCAGCAAGAAACAAUGAGGUUCAUUCUUGUGUUACGCAGCACGUUUGAGCUUCCACAAGAACCAAUGAGGUUCAUUCUUGUGUUACACAGCACAUUUGAGCUUCUGCAAGAACCAAUGAGGUUUGUUCUUGUGCAUCAAGCUGGUUCGGUUGAGCUUCUGUUUUUGUUUGCUGAUCAGUGUUUAUAUGUGAAUAAAAGUCUAAAUUCAAUCUGUUCAUCAUAUAAAGUGAUCAAGUCUCUAAUUCUCGUGUUACGCAGCACGCUUGAGCUUCAGCAAGAACAAUGAGGUUCAUUCUCGUGUUACGCAGCACGCUUGAGCUUCUGCAAGAACCAAUGAGGUUCAUUCUCGUGUUACGCAGCACGUUUGAGCUUCUGCAAGAACCAAUGAGGUUCAUUCUCGUGUUACGCAGCACGUUUGAGCUUCUGCAAGAACCAAUGAGGUUCAUUCUCGUGUUACGCAGCACGUUUGAGCUUCUGCAAGAACCAAUGAGGUUCAUUCUCGUGUUACGCAGCACGUUUGAGCUUCCUCAAGAACCAAUGAGGUUUAUUUUCGUGUUACGCAGCACGUUUGAGCUUCCACAAGAACCAAUGAGGUUUAUUUUCGUGUUACGCAGCACGUUUGAGCUUCUGCAAGAACCAGUGAGGUUCAUUCUCGUGUUACGCAGCACGUUUGAGUUUCCUCAAGAACCAAUGAGGUUUAUUUUCGUGUUACGCAGCACGUUUGAGUUUCUGCAAGAAACAAUGAGGUUCAUUCUCAUGUUACGCAGCACGUUUGAGCUUUCUCAAGAACCAAUGAGGUUUAUUUUCGUGUUACGCACCACGUUUGAGCUUCCUCAAGAACCAAUGAGGUUUAUUUUCGUGUUACGCAGCACAUUUGAGCUUCUGCAAGAAACAAUGAGGUUCAUUCUCGUGUUACGCAGCACGUUUGAGCUUCCUCAAGAACCAAUGAGGUUCAUUCUUGUGUUACGCAGCACAUUUGAGCUUCUGCAAGAACCAAUGAGGUUUGUUCUUGUGCAUCAAGCAGGUUCGGUUGAGCUUCUGUUUUUGUUUGCUGAUCAGUGUUUAUACGUGAAUAACAGUCUAAAUUCAAUCUGUUCAUCAUAUAAAGUGAUCAAGUCUCUUCAGAAAAUUUGGACUAAACCACUAAAUUCAUAUGGAUUAAUUUUACAAUCUCUUUAUGAACUUUUUGAAACGUCAAAAAUCUAUGAGAUUGCGUAGUCUGUCAAUGGAGGGACAGAAAUCUCUCAGAUUUCAUUAAAAAGAUCUUCAUUUGUGUUCCAAAGAUGAACGCAAGUCUUACGGGCUUGGAACGACAUGAGGGCGAGUAUAUAAUGACAUCAUUUUAAUUUCUGGGUGAAUAAAAGUAUGCUAAAGUUUACUUUCCCCCAUGAGGGUUAGCCUCUGCUGGUAGAUGUUUUAACUGCAGUCUCAAUCACUCAAAUGGCAGCUCUUAAAUGGUGUACUUCUGUGGGUUCUGCCGAGCAAUUGCUAUUGAGAUUAAUUGGAAAGCUAAAAGUGCUGAAGACCAUAAUUUAAAUGAUAAUUAUUUCCACUUAAACUUAAAUAAAAUGCAAACAUUUGUUAAAAGAGGGCAGGCUAACACAGUGUUUUUACAUAACAUAUUGCAUGGAUCUUGA